UGGGCACAGGUGGGUGGCACUGGUGGGCACAGGUGGGUGGCACUGGUGGGCACAGGUAGGUGGCACUUCUGGGCACAGGUGGGUGCACUGCUGGGCACAGGUGGGUGCACUGCUGGGCACAGGUGGGCGGAGCUAGUGGGCGCACUGCUGGGCACAGGUGGGCGGAACUUGUGGGUGGCACUGCUGGGCACCGAUCAUCAGGGCACUAAUCAUCAGUGCCCUGAUGAUCGGUGCCGAUCCUCGCUCUGACAACUGCCGGUUCUCGGCAGUACUUUCCUCACGAUCUGACAGCGUGAGGAAAGUGCAGCCGAGAACCGGCACUUGCAU